UAAAGUGUCUGAUAAAUGUUUUUAUCAAAGUAGUCAGCAUUUGAAGCAGAUUUUAAAUCUUCGUCCAGAUAUAUCAAAUUGGGUAUCAGCAAAUAAAUCAUUUAAAUGUAAAUGCGAUUGUGAUAUCUGAAGCGAAAUUAUCCUAAAGCAUGCAUGCGGAGAUCAUGAACCGCUUAAAUAUGUCUGUCAUUAUAAAUAAUAGUGUUUCCUAACAUCUCCUCCAGUCUGUGUUCAAUCCCACAAAACGAAGCACCGCCUACAGUGAACUUUAUAUCUGUAAUGCUUCGGGUCUCACGGAAAACACUCGGAUCAAACUUGUACAAUGUUUUGGUAUACUGUAAGCGCUGUGAUACUUUUAAUAGCAUUGAGACUCAAAUGUCCUUACAUUAUCUCACAGACCAAGUACAUGUGUCGAGUGGCAUUAGCCGUGUACCGCACGACAAAGUACAUCAAAUCCAAGCCUUUUUACACGAUACUGGAUCGAUUCCAGGAUUCGGUUCGGAAGAACCCGAAAAAAGCGUUCAUUCGGUUUCUGGAUCAAACUUACUCAUACGAGCAGUCGGAUAAAGAGAGCAACAAAAUCGCGAGGACUUUGCUGAAGCACGCGGAUCUUCAUGAAGGAGACACGGUUGCGCUUUUGCUCGGGAAUGAGCCCAUGUUUCUGUGGAUAUGGUUGGGUUUAGCUAAGAUCGGAUGUUCUGUUGCUCUUCUCAAUCAUAACAUCCGAUCCAAGUCCCUUCUGCACUGCUUCACCUGCUGUGGGGCCAAUGUGCUGAUAGCCGGUGCAGAUCUGCAAGAUGCGGUCGAGGAGGUGCUGCCGGCUCUGAGAGAGCAGGGGAUCUCUAUAUAUAUACUAACUGAGCAUGUGAGCUCAGAGGGAAUGACGAGUCUCACAGACAAGAUCAAGCAGGCCUCAGAUCAGCCCAUUCCAACAGACCUUAGGGCCAAUGUGGCCUUCAACACCCCAGCGGCCUACAUCUACACUUCAGGAACCACCGGUCUCCCGAAGGCGGCAGUGAUCACUCACCGCAGGCUCUGGGCGAUGGCCUUCUUUCAGUCCAUCUGUGGAGUGAAGUCUGAUGACGUGAUUUACGUCUGCCUGCCUUUGUAUCACAGCUCUGGCUUUGGCCUCGGGUUCGGAGGUUCUGUUGAACGAGGAGCCACGAUUGUCCUGAGGAGCAAGUUUUCUUCCUCUCAGUUCUGGGACGACUGCAGAAAGUAUAACGUCACUGUGAUUCAGUAUAUUGGAGAAACCAUGCGCUACCUCUGCAACAUGCCAAAGUGUGUUAGUGACCAAGUGCACAACGUCAGGAUGGCCAUUGGGAAUGGCAUCCGGCCGGAUAUCUGGAGGACGUUCAUAAACAGAUUCGGUCAUGUUGAAAUCAAAGAAUUUUACGGCUCAACUGAAGGAACUCUGGGCUUCUUGAACUACGCUGGCAAAAUUGGGGCCGUCGGUACUGUCAAUUCUUUUCAUAAGAAACUGUACCCGUAUGUCUUCAUCAAGUUUGAUCAUGAGAAAGAGGAGCCCGUCAGAAACGCUGAUGGAUUUUGUAUUGAAGUUGCAAAGGGAGAGACGGGUCUGCUAGUGACACGGCUCACUCAGAAGAUUGAGUUUUCUGGAUACGCCCGGGAUCCCAAACAGACGGAGAAGAAGAAACUCCAUGAUGUGUUUGAGAAGGGAGACGUUUACUUCAACACUGGAGAUCUGUUCAGGACUGACCGAGAAAACUUCAUCUACUUCCAGGAUCGGGUGGGCGACACUUUUAGAUGGAAAGGGGAAAACGUCUCCACUAAUGAAGUGUCAGACAUCAUGACUCUGGUGCCUUGUAUCGAGGAAGCAAAUGUUUACGGCGUCACAGUUCCAGGUUUUGAGGGGAGGAUAGGAAUGGCCGCCAUCAUACUGAAGAAAGACCAUCAGUUUGAGUGUGAUGACGUUUUCAAUCACGUGACCUCCUACCUUCCGGUUUACGCCAGACCACGUUUCAUACGCAUCCAGAGCAGUUUGGCUGUUACCUGCACCUUCAAGCAACUGAAGGGGAGGCUGGUGGAGGAAGGCUUUAACCCCGCUCUCAUCACUGACCCGCUGUUUAUCUUAGACGAGACGGUGAAGAGCUACAGACCUUUGACACAUGACACAUAUGAAUCCAUACUGGACGCUCGAUUCAGACUGUGAAGAGCCGCAUUCACUCUAUUCAGAAUGAAAGAAACCAAAUCGUUCGAUUCACUGUCCAGAGAUCACGCUGUAAUUAUUCACAGUGCCUUAAUAUUGCCACCCUUGGUGAAUAUGAGCAAAGAAGGCUUGUUAUCUUUGCUCAAAAUGUUAACACUGAAACAUAACUUUAAAUACACUCUCAAAAGUAAUGUUUGCUGUUUGUUCUGACUUAUUUAAAAUGAGCUGAAAUUACACAAUUCCUGAGAUUUUUGGGGGGGACGAUUUGUUUUGUUUAUAAAUUUUUCGAUGAUUUUUCCUUCGCCAAACUUGACUGAUUUCUUGAGAUUUUUGGGUUCAUGCAGGUUCCAGUAGGUCUUCUGCAGUAUUGUGAUGAUUGGCAUGCAGUUCAACAGAUGAUCCAUCUGACAAAUCCACCUUCUGCCACUUUUCCAAACGAUCAACUAGAAGUCGAGUUAUUAUUUGUUGCUCUUACAUCUGUAAUACAAGACAAGACAUUUGUCCAACCCGGGCUCAUUGUGGAAACGUAGCCCCGCGGACAUUUCUGCGGAACGCGAUUUACGUCCCGGGAGGUACUUAUUUGAGCGGUUUUUGUUUUCGCGGAUCCGCGAGAGGCCGCUGUGAGUGCUUUUUCGCGUCUCGGGCGCCUCUCGGGAGGCGCCGACGGUUCGCAAAAGCCGUUCAGAAAAAAAAAAAAAAGCAAAAGCCCUCGUCUUCAAUUUCGACCGCGUUUUCGUAUCCCGCCGCGUUCUCGCCCUUAUUUUUUGGAUUCCGUUUUUCGUCUUACCUGAUUUCCGGAACCGCUGUUCCCCGGACUCGAUCCCGGUCGUCGUCCCCGUGGCCGGCUCCUCCUCCUUCUCCGGGGCCUCCGCCGACGCAACGCUGUGAGCUAAACGGACAAACUGGUUGCAUCGGGAAAGCCCUCCACUCGGAGGUGAGCUGUCAGCCGGCGAGCGCGAAGAGGAGGGGCGGAGCGGCGCCACACCGCCCCGCAGCGUUCACUCGAAAAAAACUAAACGCGGCCUUACGUACCUCCGGCCACGUAAAUCGCGGUCUCCAGAAACGUCAGCGGGGCUACUUUUCCAGAAUGAGCUUGGGUUGCUUUUGUAAGGUAGUAUACAGACAUGUUUGCUUAUAUUUACCAAUGGUGCCAGUAUUAGUGGAAAUGACUGUAAUAUUUUAAAUUAAUAAAUAUUAAUUUAACUGAUUUAAGGGUGGUAAAAAAAAGUUUUUAAAAGAUUUAGUUUCUGUUUUUUUUAUUUUUGUGGAAGUUGUCACGGAUGUUUUCAUUUUAUAUCAAACAUCUCUCUCAGUUUUCUGACAAUAUUGU